AUGAAGGUUCUCUGUGUUCUUUCAGCUGGGCCUGGGCAGAGCCUUACAUCUGUGCUGGUUCAGCCCAUCUCUGCCUUCCUUGCCAAGACUUUAUUGUCUUCACCAUCAGUGGGACGGGGAGGAGAUGCCUGCACACCAUUGUUCAUGCCUCCAAACAAAGAACGAAAGAAGAUUACUCUGACUAUUGGAAACCAGAUGGCCUACAAGAAGAUUUACAAUGUUGUUGGAUACCUGAAAGGAAAAAAGAACCCAGAUCGCCACGUUCUGGUAGGCAGUCGCCAUGACAAUGACCAGGGAGGUGGGACUUCAGCCAUUAUGACUCAACUCGUUGCAGCGCUAACAGAGCAGACCAAACAGGGAUGGGUGCCGGACCGUACCACUGUGUUUUGCUCGUGGGGAGGCACGGCCCUGGGGAACAUUGGGUCCUACGAGUGGGGAAAGGAUAACAGCGUUGUCCUUCAGAGCAGCGCUGUGGCUUACGUGAGUCUGAACUCUCCAGUUCGAGGUACGGAGACUCUUCGAGCUACAGCAUCUCCAACUCUGCUGCAACUCACCACGGAUAUUCAGAGGAGACAAUUACUGAGUUGCAUCCGAGGAGGGAACUGCCCUGGACCCAACGUCAGCUCUUUGCAGUUGCCUGGAGAUGUGAGUUUCUUUGCCAACGAGCUGGCCGUGCCCACCAUGGAAUUCGCCUUUGAGCAGACAAAGGCAGAGAACACAGAGACCACCAGUUUUCUGUCGGAGGCCCAAUUUUCUGCUCAGACUCCAGGAACACUCGACCCACUGUUCAAGUUCCAUGAAACCAUUGCCAAGGUUGUUGUUAAUGGUGAUGCCAGCAGGCAGGAAGAACCUCCUGUAGCAGUCUGUCUUACAGGUUCUCUGGAGAACUCUUUGGCCGAAGACACUUAA